CAAAAAAGAACAUUAUUUGGAUGAAACCGCCGGUAAACGCAAAGCACGUGAUUGCCAUACAAAUACAAAUAUGGCGGCUCCCUGUGCAGCUAGAUUCAUAUCAAGAGCUGGGUUGGGAGGAUUCCUUCAGAGGGGGUGUUGUGCAAGGGGUUCUGGACGGCCCUGGGGAAGCCUAUCCCAGCAGCACAGGCUGUUCUUCUGGCGCAAGUGGAAAAGUUCUCACAACGUUGUCCGCCCUGCUACUGUCAGGCCAGCCUACACAGUGCCUAAGCACAUCCAGCGUCCAGACUAUGUAUUCAGUGGGGUCAUACCAGACUGGCCUGGAUACAUAGAGAUCAAGGAUGAGGAACAGAUACAGGGCCUGGCUCGAGCAUGUCAGCUAGCCAGACACAUACUUCUGCUCGCUGGCCGCAGUCUGAAGGUUGGCAUGACGACAGAUGAGAUAGACUUCAUCGUUCACCAGGAGGCCAUCCGUCACAAUGCGUACCCCUCUCCUCUGCGGUACGGGGGGUUCCCCAAGUCUGUCUGUACGUCGGUCAACAAUGUGGUUUGUCACGGCAUACCUGACAGUCGGCAGCUUGAAGAUGGAGAUAUUAUCAACAUUGAUGUGACUGUGUAUUUGGAGGGUUACCAUGGCGACACAUCAGAGACCUUUCUGAUGGGUCAAGUGGAUGAAGGUGGGCAGAGACUGGUGGAAGUAGCCAGGAAGUGUAGAGACGAGGCCAUCACUGCCUGUAAACCUGGAGCACAGCUCUGUGUUAUAGGAAACACCAUCAGUGAUAUAGCACACUCCAAUGGCUUCCGUGUGUGUCCCUACUUCAUCGGUCAUGGCAUUGGCUCCUACUUCCACGGGCACCCUGAGAUAUGGCACCAUGCUAACGACAACGACAUGACUAUGGAGGAAGGCAUGGCUUUCACCAUUGAGCCUAUAGUGAUGGAGGGGUCGUCAGAGUUUAGGAUCCUGAGGGACAAGUGGACAGCUGUGUCUGCAGAUGACAAAAGGUCGGCCCAGUUUGAACAUACCGUGGUCAUCACCUCUGAUGGAGUGGAGAUUCUCACCAAACUACCAGAGGAGCAGGAGCCCUGAACAGGAGAUGAGGGAAAUCAUGCAUCAGUGUCAAGUCCCUGGCUGACCCUGGCUCUUCACUAGAUGGAGCUGAAAAGAAUAGUUUUAGUGUCAGUCUGCAGACGACUCCCAGGACAGCAGGAGAACUGGAAAAACCAUAAGUAGAGGUUUGCUGACAGUUUGCACUCUGGAACCCUGUCCAGCUGCCCACUGCUCUGGGAUCAGAGACCCCCGGGAGUCCUGCUGAGGCCCUUGGUCAGAAGCUAACAGUACUGAGAACAUGGGAGCGAAGCUGCCCACAUGACAUGGAACUGUGAAUCUUCUGUAAGUCUGUCAUUAUUUAAAUAAAGCACUUUUAAGUACUAA